AUGAACACGGCCGACAAGGACCGGGUGCGGCCCGCGGCCGACGGGCCUGCGCCGCCCGAGGAGGAGGAGGAGGAGGGGGGCGAGGCGGGCGGGAGGGAGCCGGCGGCGGACGCGACCCCCGGGCCCAGCGACGCGUUCCGCCUCCUGGCCGCCCGGCGGGAGCCGGCCGUGAAGCUGCAGCACCCGGUGAGCGGCCUGGAGCCGCUGGCCUGGUCCGAGGACCACCGCGUGUCCGUGUCCACGGCCCGCAGCAUCGCGGUCCUGGAGCUCAUCUGCGACGUGCACAACCCGGGCCAGGACCUGGUCAUCCACCGCACCUCCGUGCCCGCCCCUCUCAGCAGCUGCCUCCUCAAAGUUGGCUCAAAAGCAGAAGUUGCCCAGUGUAAAGAGAAAUUUGCCAGCUCUGCUGACCCCGCCAUCAGCCAGACCUUCAUGCUAGACAGGGCGUUCAACCCAGAGGGGAAGGCUUUGCCCCCACUGAGAGGGUUCAAGUACACCAGCUGGUCCCCCAUGGGCUGCGAUGCUAACGGCAGGUGCAUCUUGGCGGCUCUGACCAUGGACAAUCGCCUGACCAUCCAGGCUAACCUCAACAGACUGCAGUGGGUCCAGCUGGUCGACCUGACUGAGAUUUACGGAGACCGUCUCUUUGAGACCAGUUACAGGUUCUCUAAGAGCGAGGCCCCGGGAGGGAACCUGGCGGACUUUGCCGAGUUCCAGAGGAGGCACAGCAUGCAGACCCCGGUGCGCAUGGAGUGGUCCGGCAUCUGCACCACGCAGCAGGUCAAGCACAACAACGAGUGCCGGGACGUGGGCAGCGUGCUGCUGGCCGUCCUCUUUGAGAACGGCAACAUCGCCGUGUGGCAGUUCCAGCUGCCUUUCGUGGGCAAGGAGUCCAUCUCCUCCUGCAACACCAUCGAGUCGGGAAUCACCUCUCCCAGCGUCUUGUUCUGGUGGGAAUACGAGCACAAUAACCGGAAGAUGAGCGGCCUCAUUGUGGGGAGCGCCUUCGGGCCUGUGAAAAUCCUCCCCGUCAACCUCAAGGCCAUUAAAGGCUAUUUCACGCUGAGGCAGCCCGUCGUCCUGUGGAAGGAGAUGGACCAGUUGCCCGUGCACAGCAUCAAGUGUGUCCCGCUCUACCACCCUUACCAGAAGUGCAGCUGCAGCUUGGUGGUGGCCGCCAGAGGGCCCUACGUGUUCUGGUGUCUCCUCCUCAUCUCCAAAGCAGGUCUGAACGUCCACAACUCCCACGUCACGGGCCUCCACUCCCUGCCGAUCGUCUCCAUGACAGCAGACAAGCAGAACGGGACAGUGUACACUUGCUCCAGUGACGGCAAGGUGAGGCAGCUGAUUCCCAUUUUCACUGACGUCGCCUUGAAGUUUGAACACCAGCUGAUUAAGCUGUCAGAGGUGUUCGGCUCCGUGAGGACACACGGGAUAGCGGUGAGCCCGUGCGGGGCGUACCUGGCCAUCAUUACGACCGAGGGCAUGGUCAACGGCCUCCACCCCGUGAACAAAAACUACCAGGUCCAGUUUGUUGCUCUCAAAACUUUUGAAGAGGCAGCUGCUCAGCUCCUAGAAUCUUCGGUUCAGAACCUCUUUAAACAGGUAGACUUACUAGACCUCGUACGCUGGAAGAUUCUGAAAGAUAAAUACAUCCCUCCGUUUUUACACGAAGCUUUGGAAAAAAAGAUCGAGAGCAGCGGGGCCACCUACUUUUGGCGUUUCAAACUUUUCCUCCUGAGGAUUCUGUAUCAGUCGAUGCAGAAAACCCCUUCCGAAGCCUUGUGGCAGCCCACCAAGGAGGACUCCAAGAUCUUACUGGUCGACUCCCCUGGCAUGGGCCCCGCCGAGGACGAGCAAGAAGAAGGCACGUCCUCCAGGCCGGCGACUAAGCAGGGCCUCCAGGAGAAGAGCAAAGAGGGGGACCCGGACGACCCGGCGGAUGACUCACUCACCCAGGCUGGGGACGCCGGAGGCCACGAGCCGAUGGAGGAGAAGCUGCUGGAGAUCCAGGGGAAGAUCGAAGCUGUGGAGAUGCACUUGACCAGGGAGCACAUGAAGCGGGUCUUGGGGGAAGUGUACCUGCACACCUGGAUCACGGAGAACACCAGCGUGCCCACCAGGGGGCUCUGCGACUUCCUCAUGUCCGAUGAGGAGUAUGACGACCGCACAGCGCGGGUGCUGAUCGGCCACAUCUCCAAGAAGAUGAACAAGCAGACGUUCCCCGAGCACUGCAGCCUGUGCAAGGAGAUCCUGCCCUUCACGGACCGCAAGCAGGCCGUCUGCUCCAACGGCCACAUCUGGCUCCGGUGCUUUUUAACCUACCAGUCCUGCCAGAGCCUGAUAUACAGAAGGUGUUUGCUCCACGACAGCAUUGCCCGCCACCCGACUCCGGAAGAUCCUGACUGGAUCAAGAGGCUGCUGCAGAGCCCCUGCCCGUUCUGCGACUCUCCCGUCUUCUGA